AAUACCAAUAUCCCUACAAUUUCACCUGGAGCUCUGAUGGGGAAUCUACUCUGGAUCCAAGUCACCAGUCCGAUGACGCAUCUAUUUUACAACGAGUUCGGGAUCCUGAAUCCCGUUCUGGACCUUUUCUCAAGUACCCAGGAACAGGUCAACAAAACAAUAACCCAGGUGUCGCUGCCUUGCUUGACCCUGAUCUUUUUGAUGAUGGUCCUCGAUUGGAAAAUCUUGGAACCCCCACCUCUGGUGGCCAAGAAAGCGGUAACCCAGUUGACACUGGCCCACUUGACCCUGAUCUUUUUGAUGAUGGUCCUCGAUUUGGCUAUCCUGGAGUCCGCACCUCUGUCAAAACGCCUCCUGUCAACAAAACAGUAACCCAGGUGCCACUGGCUGGCCUGGACAUCAGCAUCAUGGUGGUGGUCAGGGACCUGCCAGACCUGGAAACCCCCCCGCUGGUGGACAAUUCAAUUAUCCUGUAA